AUGGCCCAAAAGGAUGAUAACAAGCUACCCAAAGCCCAUUGGAAUGAUGCAGAAGUGGACAAAUACCUGAAGUAUCUGAUCACACAGAAAUCUAAGAUUGCAGGACUGAGAACACUUGGCCCACCCAAGACUGGGCCACAUUGCAAGAUGAAAUGGCAAUCUCUGAAGCAGACCCACAACACCAUUAAGAGAUAUCAGAACAGUCGAUCAGGAUGUCAUUGGGAUAAUGAGAAUGGCACUAAUAUUCAGGGGGAGGUAGCAGAAACUCAGUGCCCAAGCAACAAGAUGUUGGAGAUCAUGCCAAAUGGGAGUGGCACUGAGGGCACUGCCACCUAUAACCUGGCUUCAUUGGCCACACAGGCUUCAGAACACAUCACUGAGGCCAACACUGAGGCCAGUGGAUCAGCAGUUGCUGCCACUAGCACCAAGGCCAGCAGCAUUGCUAUGGGGCUUGCCAUUAGCAUGCCUGGUGCUCGCAAUGACACUGGUAGCAAAGGGCCUGCAGCUGCUGGCUUUGCAUGGGACCAAGUCAUGUCCACCCUUCCAUCCACUAACCCUAGAAUCAUAUCCAGCAGUUCCAUGAACCCCCCCCCCCCCUCCCCCAUCUUCAGUUGCAGCCUCAAAUAG